AUGACCAUUUCCCUCUCUGGCGCGCUCUCUCUGCUGUGGAUCUCAAAGCAUGAGGGUUUCUUUCUCCCCUCACAGAAUGUUCUGCCGAGCCUUACGGACCUUGCCAACCCCGUCGAGAGUGUAACCCCUCCCCAUCCAGAAAGUUUCCAGAAAAGCAACAACCACGUGGACGAUGAUUUGAAGGAUGGAAUCCAGAUUCCCAGAGUUCUGCCAGCGCAUCAUACGCACGAACUGGAGAUGUCUCUCUCCCCAGUACACGUAAUCUCGGCCAUGUAUCGCGGCAUCGCCGUGCAGAAUGCAGAGAAUGUCAAGAAGCAGAAAUCGAAAGAGAUGAGAGACAAGAAACAGAACGAAACCUCUAAGAUUGGCAAGUCUUAG